UUAGGCAUGUCUGCGAGUCUCAUGCUCACUCGUCAGUCGCGGGAUUUACAUCAAUGUAUGUUUGUAGCUAAACUAGACAAUGCGAGAACACUCUCUUCUAUUCUUAAAGCUAUCCAUUUUAAAGAAACAGCAACGUGUUUUUUGAGCAGCAACGGACUGAAAAUAACUGUAGAAAACGCUAAAUGUGUCCAGGGCAAUGCCUUUGUGCAGUCAGACAUUUUCCAAGAGUUUUCAUUCAACGAGGAAUCCGCUACUUUCAAGAUAAACAUGAACGUUCUCUUGGAAUGCUUGAACAUCUUUGGUAGCAAAGAUCUCACACAACACACAGCACUAAAAAUAUGUUAUGAUGGAUACGGCUCUCCUUUAGUGCUUCUGCUGGAAGAAAAUGGUGUACUGACUGAUUGCAGUAUUAGAACACAAGAGCCAGAGGAAACACUCGAUUUUGAUUUUUGCAGUGCCAAUGUUGUCAACAAAGCUAUUUUGAAGGCUGAGGGUAUGCGUGAAGUGUUUGCAGAGCUGGACAUGACAAGUGAUGUGCUGCAACUUCUCAUGUCUCCGGAUGCUCCAUAUUUUCGUCUUUCUACGUUUGGAAAUGCUGGAAGCAUGCAUUUUGAGAUACCGAGUGAUUCAGAAAUGAUGGAGACGUUUGAUUGUCAGCAGACACAAACAAACAGAUUCAACAUUACUAUGCUAAAGCCAUCCCUGAAAGCUCUUACAUUAGCAACUAAAGUCUCAGUUCGUGUAGACACCAGAGGCUUUCUCUCCAUGCAAUAUAUGAUCUACAAUUACGAUGGAUCAGUCUCAUUUGUUGAAUACUUGUGUGCUCCAGAUGAAGAUGUAGAAGGAGAAAAUGAUAUAGAAGAAUGAAUACAGGCCUACAUAUAGAAACAUUGUAGUUUGCGUGUAAUUUUGAAAACAGUAUGUUAAUUAUUAAAAUUAAUAUAUUUAGCCUCGAAU